AUGUUGUAUGGACGCGCCGACAUUGUGGAUCCGCCGCCGCUCCCAGAGCCCCCGCUGCCCCCGACCCGCAAGCUGCGCCUGAUCCAGGGGGCUCAGCUCCUCAGAGACAACCUCAGCUGGUCCCCCUCAGGUCCCCCCCUCGGGGUGGAUCCCCUGCGGACAGCGCUGAACAUUCUAGAAAAGUACGGCCGCAACCUGCUGAGCCCCCGGCCGCCGCGGCACUGGAGAGCCGUGCGCUUCGGCAACCCCGUCUUCAGGAGCACCGUGGGCGCCAUUCGGAACCAGCACCCGAACCCCCAGUUUUUCACCCAGAUCUUACUCACACAGGAUGAGUUGGUGACGGACGCGCUGCCCCUGGAGCUCCUCCCAGCCGGUAGGGGACACUGUAAUGCCCGGGGGGAAACCCAGCCCUGCCCCCACCCAGGUCUGGCCCUGCCCCCGCUGCACCUUCGUGAACUGUGGCCCCGCCCCCACCUGCGAGGUUUGUGGACUGGACCACGCCCCUUCCGAAGUGAUGCAGCCACUUCCUGUUCUGGCCAUGCCCCUUCCCAUGAUGCUUUGCGGCAGCGGAAGCUGUUAGAGGACGGGCGGCGCCUGGUGGCUCUCGUUAGGGCUGCUGAAUCUCAAGGCCUCCCCCCGGAAUCCCUCGGCCCCGACCCUUUUUCCGAAAUUCCUGAAUUUUCCGACCCCUCCUCUGACCUGGACACCCAAAUCAGGCGCUUCCGGAGCCGCCUCGGAGGGGUCCUCAAGGCCCUGCUGGAGCCCACCCAGAAUGGCGGCGGGGCCUCCCUGGGGCCACUCUCAUUGGCCGAAGCUGCCUGGGCAUGGCUGGAGGGGGAGGGAAGGCUGGACCACGCCCGCUGCGCUCUGAUUGGUCGGCGCAAGCAGCAGCUGCGCCUGCUGUCCAGCCUGGGUUUCCCUGCGCCGGUCUCGUCGCGGGCGCUGCAGCGACACCAUGGCUGCCACUGGGGGGCACUGAGGGAACUGCAGUGGCUCCGGCUCCGCCCCUUCCGCUUACGUCACUUCCAGGGGGCGGAGCCUGGGCUGGACUUCAACCGCGCCGAGCUGCAGCUGCGCCUGCUGUCCAGCCUGGGUUUCCCUGCGCCGGUCUCGUCGCGGGCGCUGCAGCGACACCAUGGCUGCCACUGGGGGGCACUGAGGGAACUGCAGUGGCUCCGGCUCCGCCCCUUCCGCUUACGUCACUUCCAGGGGGCGGAGCCUGGGCUGGACUUCAACCGCGCCGAGCUGCAGGCCCUGGUCCGUCAGAUCCUGGCCUCCUUGCCCGUGGCCAGCUGGGGCCGGGCGCUGCUGGUGGCCACGCUGGGCCGGGAGCUGGGACUGGGAGCGGUGCCCCAUCCCAGUAAGGAACCUUUACUGGUUGAACUGGUGGAGGCCGUGGGGUCCUGUGCCGACCGUGCGGCGCUGAGGAGGAGGUUGAGGUGCGAGUGCGCCGUCUGUGGCUGGGGGCUGCCGCGGCAACUGAUGCAGUGGCUGCCGGGCUGCUCGUGCCCGCUGUGCCCCGAGUGCUUCCGGCUCCAUUUCACCGUCGGUGUCCGCGAGCGCGGCGUCGGCGCCUUGGGCUGCCCCAGCUGCGGCCGUCCAGACCUGCGGGACGAGGCCCAGAGACUCUGGUAUUGGUCCACGCUGGAGCCCCAGCUGCGGCGCUGUUUGGACCCCGACACCUUCAGCCUCGUGACCCGGAAGUUGACGGAAUUGGAGCUGCUGAGGGACCCCCAGUUCCUCUGGUGCCCCCAUUGCUCCUUCGGGUUCAUCUUCGAGGCCGAGCGUGGCCCCGCCCAGUGUCCCCAGUGCCACCAGCAGUGCUGUCCCCGCUGCCAGCUCCCGUGGGACCCUCGUCACUCCUCACUGUCCUGCGCUGAUUUCGGGUCGUGGCUCCGCUCCAAGGAAACGCCGGGACCCAGCCAGGGCUUGGGGGUGUUCUUGGGGGAGAUGGGCAUCGAGUGCCCCCAGUGCGGCCAGUGCUUCGCCCUGGCCCGAGGUGGCUGUUUGCAUUUCCAGUGCUCCCAGUGCCAACACCAGUUCUGUGCCGGCUGCGGGGCCCAGUUCCACCAGCCCGGGAGCUGCCCCUCCCCCCAGUGCCACCUGCGGGGGUCCCUGCAUGGCCACCACCCCCGGGAUUGUCUGUUCUACCUGCGGGACUGGGCCCCAGACCGGCUCCAGCAGCUGCUCACGUCCCUUUUCCCCCCAAAUUCUCCCCAAAAAAUCCAGAGCUGCCCCUCCCCCCAGUGCCACCUGCGGGGGUCCCUGCAUGGCCACCACCCCCGGGAUUGUCUGUUCUACCUGCGGGACUGGGCCCCAGACCGGCUCCAGCAGCUGCUCACGGCUGCGAAUGUCACCUUCGAGACGGAGCCGCCCCCUGAGGCCCUGCCCAACCCAACUGGUCAGUGCCCGGUGCAGGAGCAGAAGGAGCUUGGGGCAACGCUGAGGGACGAAAACUGCGGGAGAGAAACGGCGCCAGGACAGGCCGGACUCUGCCGUGGUCACUACACCGAGUACCUGGUGUCCCUGAUCAACCGCCACGGGCUGGACCCCGCCCCUCUCUACGGCCCCGCCGAGCUGCGUGCCGCCGCCCAGCGCCACCUGGCGGCCGGGAGGAGCCGCCGCCGCCCAGGCGAGAGCGAGGCCGAGCACCUGCUGCGCCUGCGCCGAAUGCUGGGGGAGGAGGCGCCUGUCCGGCCACGCCCACCGCGGGCAAUAUGUAAAUGAGGGGGGACGAAUAUUGGCAAAGUGACUUUAUAUGGGAGAAAUAACGAUACGUGAGAAAAUGGGAAAAAGUUACCAAAUAUAGUCAAAAAUGGAAAAACUAUGGGAAAAAUUGAUAAAUAUGGGGGGAAAUGGCGAUUUUGGGAGAUUUUGGGGUGAAUUUGGGGGAAAUUUGGGUUCAUUUUAGGGGCAUUUUGGGUUCAUUUUGGAAUAAUUUUGGGUCAUUUUGGGGCAAUUUUGGGUGAUUUUGGGUUCUUUAGGGGCAAUUUCGGGAAUUUUGAGGUCAUUUUGGGAGAAUUUGGGGAAAUUUUGGGGACAUACUGGGUCAUUUUAGGGUCACUUUGGGAAAUUUGGGGACAUUUGGGGGCAAUUUUGGGUCAUUUCAGGGUCACUUUGAGAUAAUUUUGGGGUCAUUUAAGGACAGUUUUGGGGUAAUUUAGGAUAAUUUUGGGGCAUUUUGAGGGAGUUUGGGGUCUUCUUUGUGUCGUAUUGGGUCAGUUCGGGGUUAUUUUGGGACCUUUUGGGGUCAUCUUGAGGCCAGUGACCCCCCCAAGCACCAACUGCACCUGUGUGGACUGCUGGGGGAGGAGGCGCCUGUCCAGUCACGCCCAGCACGGGCAAUAUGAAAAUGGGGGGGGACAAAUAUGGGCAAAAUGACUAUAUAUGGGAAAAAUGGGAAAAAAA